UUCUAGGAAUUCAAACAUGAAAAUUAUUUUUCUGAUUUUUGCUGUCCUUUUUUAUGUCUGUAAUUUUACAUAUGCUGAAAUAAACGAUGUCAAAUGCGAUGCACAGAUUGAAUAUAUUAAUCAGGCAUUAGCAAAACGAGAAAAGUGGUCAGUUGAAUGGUUCGAUUCAUGGUCAAAAUUUCAGUCAGGUGUAUCUUAUGGAAACUUAGUAGAUUUAGGUCAUUUCGAUUUAUGUGUUCAGUUCGUCCACAACUCGAAAGACUCGAAUAUCGACGUAAUCAAGGGACAACAUUGCAUGAUUUAUUAUCGAGCUACAGUAAAUGCAUCAACUCAUGAAAAUGAUGGAAUAUUUGAUUGGCGAGAAAUUGGAUCUGCAUUGCGUGAGAGAAAUUUGAGAUUAGGAGGUGCUGUCUGCAUGCCAGCAUCAUGUUCAACGACUAAAAUAAGACAAUUUGUUAACGAGACAGUUCUUGCAUCUGCUGAUUUGGUUAUCACAAACGAUUACGAUCAAUCAAUGUUCUGCAGUACAAAUGAGCCAAUUCCAUUUGAAACUAUUGACAUUGUUGCUAUAAUAAUUGCAUCGAUUUUCGUUCUGUUACUGAUAUCAAGCACGACAUAUGAGAUCUACAUGAUUCACAAAAACCAAACUCCAUGUGAGCUUUAUUCAGCCUUUUCAAUUUACAAAAAUGGCAAGAAAUUAUUUGACACAAAACGAGGACAUUCCAAAAGUAUUAUCCACUGCCUUCCAGGAUUAAGGACCCUAUCAAUGCUUCAGAUUAUGUUAGGUCAUAGGUAUGAAGCCAUAAGUCAACUUUAUCCAAACAUAAAUUCAAAUUACUUUGCUGUUGGUGGUCCUUGGCAAAAUACAAUUUGGUCAGCAUUUGUCAACAUUCAUCCAAUUGCAGUCGAUACAUUUUUUGUACUCGGUGGAUGCUUGCUGGCUAGAUCGAUUCUAAAUUUGAUUGAAAAAGGCAAACUCAAUAUUCCCAAAUUAUAUUUGCAUCGUUACAUGCGUGUGAUGCCAGUUCUAGCGUUUUUGUUGCUGAUAAUAAUUUCAGUAUACAAAAUGUUUGGAAUUGGACCUUAUUAUAAAUAUAUGACAGAAAGAGUCCAUGUCAACAGAUGUAAGAUGUAUUAUUGGACAACAUUGUUGCAUAUUCAAAAUUAUUACAAUCCUUCAAAUGCAUGCAUCCCAGCUUCUUGGUAUUUAAGUGCAGAUUUUCAACUGGUUUUAGUGACACCAUUGUUAGUCUAUCCAGCAUAUAAAUACGGCUGGAAGUUUAUGUGGGUUUUUCCCAGUUACAUUGUUGGAACUGUUAUUUUGGCAUUUACAGCUUCAAUGAUCCAUGAAUAUAAAACACUCAGAAAUCUUAUGCCUUCCGAUGUCAGCUUUCAAUUUACAAAAGAUUUUUACUAUGCAACUCAUAUUAGAUGCGGACCAUGGUUAAUGGGAAUCAUGCUUGGUUAUACAUUCUACAAGUUAAAGGGACGGAAACUUACUUUAAACAAACACUUAAUUGUUUUAUUAUGGACGUUAUGCAUAGGAACAUUGAUAGCUAUUUCCAUAGGGCUGUAUCCAUUGAAAAAUGUCGAAAAUCCUCCAAGUCAAGUUGCUCAAGCGUUGUUCUUCUCUCUUCAUCGAAAUAGUUGGGGAUUAGCUAUAAUAUGGAUAAUUUUUGCAUGUGAAAUGGGAUAUGAUGGAAUCGUUGGAAAGUUCUUAGAGUUGCCAAUCUGGCGACCAUUAGGAAGGAUGUCUUUAAGUUUUUAUCUUGUUCAUACUGUGUAUUUUAGUGUUCAAAUGGGAAGAUGGAGAGUUCCAAAUAAUUUUGAUGAUGCAACAUUGUUGCACAUUUAUGCUGGUGAUAUCAUUGUCUCAACCAUAUUGGCAUCAAUUCUUUAUUUGACAUUUGAAGAGCCAUUCUUGAUUGUGGAAAAUUACAUUUACAAAAUGAUUGAGCAGAAAAAAGUCAAAUCAAAAUCAAGCAAAGAAUCAGUAUGAACUAAACGACAUCAUUUAUGCUUCACUAGAAAAGUUUUCAAAAUCAUUUUCUUGCAUGGAAAUUUUUUGACAUCAAAUUUUUCUUUAUUCUUUCAUCUCGUGCAUGUUUUCG